AUUUCAUAACAUGUGAAAAUUAUAUGAAAUUGAAACUUGAGUGUCCAUAAAUAUUUAUUGGAACACAUUGGAGCUCAUCGUGUACAUUUGGUCUGUGGCCACUUUGGUGCUGCAAGAGCAGAGUUGAGUGUUUGCAACUGGGAUGAUAUGGCCCCAAAAACCUAAAUAUUUACUAUAUGGCCCUUUAUAGAAAAAGUUUGUUGACCCCUGUACUAGAGUGUAGGCAGCUGUAUCAAUAAAGACGUUAAUGCAGAGUCCAGGAGAGAGAUGAUGGUGUCUUGAACUGGGGGUUACAGUGUACAUGGGUACAAGUGGAGAAGUAUGGGAGAUACUCUGGAGAGGGGACUGAGAAGUUUUGCUGUUGAAUUUGGAUACUGGUGGAACUGAUCGAAAAGGUUUCUUUUUCCUUCACUGAAAAAAAGACAACCAUCUAGCCAAAAAAGUAAAUGGAUCAUGUUGUGUUUCCUUCUAUAUGUUAUAUUCUAAAAGAUGAAAGAUGUAUGUAACUAUUAAAAGCAACUUCAGUGUAAAAUGAAAAACAUUUCUAAAUUUGCCUGACCCAAGAAGGCAUUUUUACUUGUAAUCCUUGCUCUAUAACUAGCUUCUUGCUAUAUAUUUUAAAUUUACUCACCUCUUCUUACAUAUACACUCAUCCUAAAUAUUAAGACUGUUCUGGGCUUUCUGAAUACAGUGCAUUGUUUUAAAUGGCUUGCAAAUAUAAACUUUGGUAGAAUGCUUAGAAACCAGUCUAGGUUUCCUAUAGUUUCUGUGACUAUAGUUUAUAAUUGUUCAUCUGCGUGAGUGUGUCAGCCAUGAUAGGGUGGAAAUUUUUAUUAUUUUUAGGGAUGAAAAUUACUUAUUUGGUUUUGAUUUCUAAGGUUUUUGUUCCUUGUAUAGCCCCCUAACUGUAAUGGGAAUAGUGUAUGAAACCUUAAAGCUGUAGAAUCUGACAUUUGCAAUACAAUUAUUUUUUAAACAGCAAUCUAAACUUUAAAAAUGUGUAGCCGUUGUGUUUGACCAUUAGCUGUAUGUGAAAUUGAUAAAAUUUUAUAAGAAUUGUAUUCAUACAGCUCUCUAUACUUUUCUGUCUCUAGCAACAUGGCUGACUAAAUAAUCUGAAAACCCUUCUGUUUUAAAUCACCUAGAAAUGCUAGAUAAAAUAUAAUAAACAUACAUUUAAGUGAACAGCUGAGCUUUCAGGAAAGUAAGGAAAACAGAUUCAAACAUAAAGAAAAGACUGAAAAACAGAGGAGUGUGUGAGCUGACAUUUGACUGCUCCGUGGAUGGGAGCAAGAGUUAUUGGUCUGGGUAUUGUUGGGAUUUGAAUUUUAAUGCCCUUGUGGAAACAGGUUACAAAGCCUUGAGUUUGUACAAAGUGGGGGAAUUAGAACAACAUCCAAACAUGAAACCAGGAUCCUUAAAGGGCUACACUUUUAGCAAAGGGGUAGAUGAGGAAAAGAACCGGUCCAUCAGCACAGGGAGACUACAAAGAACCUUUUAAAUAAGACUUCCCUAAGAACUUGUAACUAUGCUCCUGCCUCUUGUUGGCUUGGGGUUUAAAUUAAUAUUACCUACUUGAUCUGGGAAAACCUAAACUGAGAAAUUAGUAUAAAAAGGAUUCAUAGGGUAGCAAAACCUCUGAGUUAUCUGGAAGAAGCAAACACAAAACAUCCUUGGUGGAACAAGCUUCCAAACUAGGCUGCCUAGUUUCCCACAGUUAACCUGCAUGAGGUUGAGUUUGCAAUACCCAAUUAAAAAAUUCAGAAGACAGUCACCUGUUAUCACAAUAGACACAACGAAUAGGGUUAAAUCCCUAAGACCUCCAGAUAAUUAUCAUAUAGAGACCAUAAAAUAAGUAUGUUUAAAAUGACAAAAAGCUUAAAAUAAGGAAAUUAAAACAUAAGAAAGUAAAUCAAAGAUGUGGAAAGGAAUCCAAUAAAACUUAGAGAAAUAAAAAAUGUAGUCAUUAAAAAUAAAAUUAAUGAAUAAUCAGCAGAAAUAGUUGAAGGAGGAAUAAGUGGAAGAGAAACCUGAAGAAGUUAUCCAGAAUGCAGAAAAAAGAGAAGAAGAAAAAUAAAUCUUUAGAGACACAGAAGUUAGAAUGGGACAAUCUAACAUAAUGUCUAAAGAAGUUCCAAUAGGAGAAAAAAUAAUAAGGGGAUGAAGCAAUAUUUGAAGAGAGAAUGGCUGAAAAUAUUGCAUAUGAAUGAAGGGCAUAGUCCUUAGCUUCAGAAAGCCUAAUGAGUCUCAAGAAGGAUAAAUAAAAUCUAAUCCUCACCCAGACACAUCAUGAAACCAAAGAAAAUAGAGCAAGGGUUUUUAUGGGUAGCAUUCUCUUACAACUAAGAUAUUGAAAUCAAUUCACCUGAAAUAAGAUUUUAAAGUUAUUUUCCGGUAUUAGUGAUAAGUUUUCACUGAUCUAUCUGCAUGUUCAUAUUGGUUCAACUUGUGACUAAGACUUCACUUUGUGAAGUGUUUGAUCAGUUUUUUGCCAUGGAGCAUUAGUGUCUAAAUAUUAAUUAGUAGUUCUAUGAGGAAAUAAUUUCUUUUUGUGACUAGUUUUCUUCUUGAGGGAACUAAGGAGAUACACCAUCAAGAAAACUACCAUUCAACAUCUUCCAAAGUGUGUGGGGACUUUAAAGUCACUGGUUAAAAAUAAUAGCAUAAUUUAUUUGAAAUUUUAACCAAAAAAAUCUGUUACCUUUCUUUGUUAUUCACUCAUUUAGUCCAGUUUUAGAAUUUUCUCUUUCUGUAUCAUGAAAUCAUUUUUUUUCCUUCUGAUUUCCACUCUGAUGGUUCUUUUCCUGUUUCUUAUUCAUAGACUUCGAAGGAACAGCUAUAUUUGCAAGUCACUUAAAAUCAUUUAUUCAUCGUAUGUUUAAAAAGUGACUAUUAUAUGGUUAAAAAGAUUUUGGAGGAAAACAGUUCAGGUGACUUGAACAUAAAUUGCGUAGAUGUGCUUGGGAGAAAUGCUGUUACCAUAACUAUUGAAAACGAAAACUUGGAUAUACUGCAGCUUCUUUUGGACUACGGUUGUCAGUCCGCAGAUGCACUUUUGGUGGCAAUCGACUCUGAAGUAGUGGGAGCUGUUGAUAUACUACUUAAUCAUCGACCAAAACGAUCAUCAAGACCAACUAUAGUAAAACUAAUGGAGCGAAUUCAGAAUCCUGAGUAUUCAACAACUAUGGAUGUUGCACCUGUCAUUUUAGCUGCUCAUCGUAACAACUAUGAAAUUCUUACAAUGCUGUUAAAACAGGAUGUAUCUCUACCUAAGCCCCAUGCGGUUGGCUGUGAAUGUACAUUGUGUUCUGCAAAAAACAAAAAGGACAGCCUCCGACAUUCCAGGUUUCGUCUUGAUAUAUAUCGCUGCUUGGCCAGUCCAGCUUUAAUAAUGUUAACAGAGGAGGAUCCAAUUCUGCGAGCAUUUGAACUUAGUGCUGAUUUAAAAGAACUAAGCCUUGUGGAGGUGGAAUUCAGGAAUGAUUAUGAGGAACUAGCCGGGCAAUGUAAAAUGUUUGCUAAAGAUUUACUUGCACAAGCCCGGAAUUCUCGCGAAUUAGAAGUUAUCCUAAACCAUACAUCUAGUGAUGAGCCUCUUGACAAACGGGGACUACUAGAAGAAAGAAUGAAUUUAAGUCGUCUAAAACUUGCUAUCAAAUAUAACCAAAAGGAGUUUGUCUCCCAGUCCAACUGUCAGCAGUUCCUGAACACUGUUUGGUUUGGACAGAUGUCAGGUUACCGACGUAAGCCUACCUGUAAGAAGAUAAUGACUGUUUUGACAGUUGGCAUGUUUUGGCCAGUUUUGUCACUUUGUUAUUUGAUAGCUCCCAAAUCUCAGUUUGGCAGAAUUAUUCACACACCUUUUAUGAAAUUUAUUAUUCAUGGAGCAUCAUAUUUUACAUUCCUGCUAUUACUAAACCUAUACUCUCUUGUCUACAAUGAGGAUAAGAAAAACACAAUGGGGCCAGCCCUUGAAAGAAUAGACUAUCUUCUUAUACUGUGGAUUAUUGGGAUGAUUUGGUCAGACAUUAAAAGACUCUGGUAUGAAGGGUUGGAAGACUUUUUAGAAGAAUCACGUAAUCAACUCAGUUUUGUCAUGAAUUCACUUUAUUUGGCAACCUUUGCCCUCAAAGUGGUUGCUCACUACAAGUUUCAUGAUUUUGCUGAUCGAAAGGACUGGGACGCAUUCCAUCCUACACUGGUGGCAGAAGGGCUUUUUGCAUUUGCCAAUGUUCUGAGUUAUCUUCGUCUGUUUUUUAUGUAUACAACAAGCUCUAUCUUGGGUCCAUUACAGAUUUCAAUGGGACAGAUGUUACAAGAUUUUGGAAAAUUUCUUGGAAUGUUUCUUCUUGUUUUGUUUUCUUUCACAAUUGGACUGACACAACUGUAUGAUAAAGACUAUACUCCAAAAGAACAGAAGGACUGUGUAGGCAUCUUCUGUGAACAGCAAAGCAAUGAUACCUUCCAUUCGUUCAUCGGCACUUGCUUUGCUUUGUUCUGGUAUAUUUUCUCCUUAGCACAUGUGGCAAUCUUUGUCACAAGAUUUAGCUACGGAGAAGAAUUACAGUCCUUUGUCGGAGCUGUUAUUGUUGGGACAUACAAUGUUGUGGUUGUGAUUGUGCUUACCAAGCUGCUGGUGGCAAUGCUUCAUAAAAGUUUUCAGUUGAUAGCAAAUCAUGAAGACAAAGAAUGGAAGUUUGCUCGAGCAAAGUUGUGGCUUAGCUACUUUGAUGACAAAUGUACAUUACCCCCACCUUUCAACAUCAUUCCUUCACCAAAGACUAUCUGCUAUAUGAUUAGUAGCCUCAGUAAAUGGAUUUGCUCUCAUACAUCAAAAGGCAAGGUUAAACGGCAGAACAGCUUAAAGGAAUGGAGAAAUUUGAAGCAAAAGAGAGAUGAAAACUACCAAAAAGUGAUGUGCUGUUUAGUGCAUCGUUACUUGACUUCCAUGAGACAAAAGAUGCAAAGUACAGAUCAGGCAACUGUGGAAAAUCUAAAUGAACUGCGCCAAGAUCUGUCAAAAUUCCGAAAUGAAAUAAGGGAUUUACUUGGCUUUCGGACUUCUAAAUAUGCUAUGUUUUAUCCAAGAAAUUAGCCAUUUUCUAAAUCACGUAGAGAAUAAUUUUCAAUAAUAAAUCUGAAAGACUGCAUUUGUAUAACUUGCAAUUAAAUUAGUAAGAUAUAUAUUGAAAUAAAGAAUUAUGUAAAAGCCAUUCUUUAAAAUAUUUAUAGCAUAAAUAUAUGUUAUAUAAAAUAUGUAUAUAUGAUUAGUUUUUUUAAAACCCUCUGUUCGUGGCUUUUUGCAGUAAUAAAACAGAUUAAGUAGAUAGGUUUUGUUAGCAUGCUGCUUAGUUUUCUUAUUUAAACGGUGCUUAAAUUUUUUUUCUCUUUCUGCUUAAGAAGGGCAGCGUUAGAAUUGUAGUGACUAUUGCCAGAAGGUUUUGUAAAAAUGAAGAUCAGCAAAUGUGGACUGAUCUCCUUCCAUAGGGUACAUUUGAGAUAUAGAAGUCUUGUUUUUUAAAAUCUUUGCUUUAGGAGUUUACAUAUAUAGUUCAGUAUUUAUUGUUUAGGAGUAUAGGUUUACCUAAAACAGUAGUCUAUUUUUUCUUUUUUCUUUUGUUAUAAUCUUAAGCAACAAAGAUAAAAGCCCUAAUGAAUGUUUGAAUCUAUUUGUGUCUAUAAAUUUAAAUUCACCUCAAUGUUUGUUACUGUAACAUAUUUACUUUUACAUGGUUGUAAUCACUUUAUAUUUUUAAUUUUGCUUUUUUCACUUAAUAGUAUUUUAUAUAUACAUUUCCAUGUAUUGAUAGAGUCCACGUAUUUAAAUUUUUAUAGAAUUAUAUAGUUUUUGAAAAAUAUAGUUAGUAGACUUUUCAUUUUGUAGCUAUAGAGUAUUUGAUUAUGUUUAUAAGUUUGCACAGCUACUUCUCUAAGAUUAGGUAUUUAUUGGCUUUUAAUUUUUUAUUAUCAUAAAAGUGGUAUAAUUUUUUUUCAAGUUGGAGUGAAUGUUCCUAGUUAUAAAGCUAACCCAAAAUAAGGAUUUAGAAGGUAUUUCUUUGUCAUGUAUGGUCACAGCCUGUUUUGUUUGUGUAAACAUUGGAAGACCCUUUAAUGCAAGGAUUUGUUUUAUUUUUGGACUAAGGUUCUUGACCUUAUAUCCGAAAGUAUUUUCCACAGAAUUUAACAUAGUUCUAUAAACAGGACUUCAUGCUUAUUUGUGGCUCAUUCUUGAUGCUUAGGGUGAAAAGCAUUGACUUUUUAAAUUGGAGAAUAAAGUAUAUAUUUAAAUUUUUUUUCCUGUGCUCAUGUAAGGGAUAUAGUUAACAGUUUUUCACAGGCUAUUCCUUAUUUAUUCUUGCAGCAUUUCUAGUUAAGAGGUUAUUAUGUAUAUAAUUAUCUUCUUAACUGAAUGUCAGAUGGUCUUAAGGCCACAGGGUGCAGGUAGCCCUUGGUCUAUAAGUACCACCGAUCCAGGGAUCAUUGUUGAAAUAUGUUAGUGUUGUGUUUCAUCUUGCUUUUUACUUUUUAUUUUUUAAUUUCCAAAUUGUAAGUGUUCCCUUUUUUGGGCAAAUUCUUAUAAAAAUGUUUAUUGUAAAGUUAUAUAUUUUGUCUAUGAUGCGAUUAUGCACUUCCCAACUGGGAUUUUACAUCAGGGUUUUUAGUCAUUCUAAAAAAUAUCUAAUUAUUAAAUCAAAAUAUUUAUAGAGUGCCUACUGUAUGCAUGAGUUACGAGGUAUAUUUUGAAUGACAGCAUAUUGUAAGAAAAAAGGUAAAUAAAACUUGACAUUAGAUUAUAA